AUGGCAAAUGUUCAUGUAAAAGCUCGACAAUCACCAUAUUCUGCCACUAAAGAUGUUAAUAGAGCAUCCGUACCUGAUGAAAAAGUACCUUGGAAUGUUAGUUGGCCUGAUUAUAAACCAACAGAAUAUACAGCACCAGCUGUAUUAAAAAAUCCACCAUGGGCUGAUGAUUCUGAUGCAAAAAAAAUUGAACAUUAUAAUAAAAUUGAUGGAAAAAUCGAUCGAACAAGUUUAGAAGGCAAAUAUGAUGUAGAUAAAGAAACAAAUCGACCAAGAAAUCCAGAGGGUCGUACCGGAUUGUCUGGUCGUGGUUUACUUGGUCGGUGGGGACCAAAUCAUGCUGGUGAUCCAGUUGUAACACGUUGGGCAAAAAAACAGGAAGAUGGUAAACCAAAAGUUCUUGAAAUUAUACUCAUUACUCGAAAGGAUACUGGUGAAUUCGCUUUACCAGGUGGCAUGGUUGAUGCUGGUGAACAUGUAUCAGUAGCAAUUAAACGCGAAUUUAUUGAAGAAGCUAUGAAUUCAAGUCCUGAUGGUGAAAAACAUAUCGAGGAAUUAUUUAAAACAGCUAAAUCAAUUUAUAAAGGUUAUGUUGAUGAUCCAAGAAAUACAGAUAAUGCUUGGAUGGAAACCGAAGCUGUGAAUAUGCAUGACGAAACAGGCGAUUUAACCAAAGAUUUAAAAUUAGAAGCUGGUGAUGAUGCGGCAAAAGUGAAAUGGAUUCCACUUGAUCGUGAUCUUAAAUUAUAUGCUUCACAUGAAAAAAUUAUUCGAGAAGUUAUCGAAAAACGUGGAGCUUUUAAAUAUUGGAAAUCAUAA